GGCUGUGCGCAGGCUCUGUGAGCUGCUGGCUGCCUAUUGAUUGGAAAACAACGGGCUGUGGGAGGACAGAUAAGGGAGGCUGUGGGCUAACGGGUGAGGGAAGGGAUACAGACCGAAGCAACGACCAUCUUUACCUCCCUGAUUUUCUCUCUUUCCCCUGGAAUGAGUGUAGCUGCUGCUGCUCGGGAGGUUUAGGCUCUGAUUCUCCUGCUCUGAAGAUCCAGGCUGCAGCAUCCAGACCGACAGCAGCCUCUCCUGCAGAAAGCAUGGAGGCCCCUCUCGUGUGUUUGGACGAGGAGUUCGAGGACCUCCGGCCCUGUCACAUGGAUGAGCUGGACCACCCGGCGCUCCAACAGUCCUCCUACUCCUCCACCUCCACCAUACCGCUGAGCUCCAUCACCAGAGAGGACUUUUCUGAGCUGGAGAACUUCUCCGAGAUGAUGAGCUUCAAGUCCAUGGAGGACCUGGUCAACGAGUUUGAUGAGAAGCUCAACGUGUGCUUUCACAACUACAACACCAAGACCGAGUGCCUGGCGCCCAUACGCAACCAGACACACAGCCAGGAGGAUGAGGAGCAGCUGCAGGACGAAGAUGUGUGGGAUGCUCUAACCGACAACUACAUCUCCACCUGGGACGGCAACGACUCUGAGGGACUCAACGGCAAUCUGUCGGACCAGGAGAUCCACGAAAAAGAGGAGGAGGAGAUGAAUGAGAAGAAUGACAACGCCAACUGUCUGAAUGAAGAGCCUCUUAUCACAGCUGAUCAGGUCAUUGAGGAGAUAGAUGAGAUGAUGGAGAACUCUCCAGAUCCUGUUGAAACUGAGGAGGAGGAGGAUGAGGAGGAGGAGGAGAGCAGCCGCUGCUCCUCCAGCACCAGCCCCUCCCUGCUGGAGGAGAUCCGGCAGCUGUCCCUGGCCUCCAACAACAACUGCUCCUACGAAGGCCUGACUCUGAUGCCCAGCUCGGGGCUGGUGGAGCUGCUGCAGCGGGUGGAGGCCACCAUCAGAGAGUUCUCCGAGGAGCUGGUCGGCCAGCUGGCCCGGCGCGAGGAGCUGGACUUUGAGAAGGAGGUGAAGAACACGUUCAUCACGGCCCUGAUGGAGGUGCAGAACAGGCAGAGGGAGCAGCGGGACAGCAGCAAGCGCAGACGCCGGGACAAGACCCUGAGCCUGCAGGGGGGGGGGACGCCCCCUGUGACCGGAGGGAACACAGCCCCCACAGCCAACACAGAGAAGACCGGGAGCAUGCCUGUCAAGCGUUUCAGCAUGGAGGGACUGUCUAACAUCCUGCAGACCGGCAUCAGACAGACAUUUGGAAGCACAGGAAAUGAGAAACAGUAUCUAAACACAGUUAUUCCAUAUGAGAAGAAAGGCAUCCCUCCAACUGUUGAAGACCUGCAGAUGCUCACAAAAAUUCUCUAUGCCAUGAAGGACGACAGUGAGAAGGUGCCUACAUUGCUAACUGACUACAUACUGAAAGUCUUGUGUCCCACCUAAAGCUCUGGAGGCCAGGGGCCACAUUGUGACGGAGACUUCUUCCUGAGGGCUUUCCACCCCUCCCUGCCUCUGGCCCCCGCUGCAUGACCUCCCAUCUUUACCAUUAUCAAUCAUGGAUCCUCACCAUCGACAUCACUGUAUCCACCUCGACUCUGAUUACUGCCUUUCGCUGAGCUCACCGCCCCCCCCCCCCCCCCCCCCCC